GGAAAUAUCAAGGUUGUGUGAGCUACACCAAUUCCACGUCAGUAAGUUUGCCUGUGGAGGAGAUUACCCACCGGUGACAGAACAUCAAUCUAGUUGCCUUCUUUAACAGUCAAACAUCAGGGCAUGACAACUCUACGUGGACCUGUUUAAAUAUACACUAUGGUGGACAAGAAUAUAUACAUCGUUCAAGGGGAGAUUUCUAUUGUUGUUGCUGCUAUCAAGAGGAACUCUAGAUGGAGUUCCCAUACUCCUUUGGAUGAAGAACAGGACCCACUACUCAAUAGCUUCAGCAACCUGAAAGAGGUCCUCAAUAACAUAAAAGAUCUUUCUGAUGUGGAGCCCAAUGUGUUCCUUAGACCCUUUCUGGAGGUGGUCCGCUCGGAGGACACAACUGGACCAAUCACAGGCCUUGCUCUCACUUCGGUCAACAAGUUCUUGUCAUAUGGCCUCAUAGAUGCUAAUCAUGAAGGGGCAGCAGAGGGCAUCGAGAACAUGGCUGACGCCGUCACGCACGCGAGGUUUGUGGGCACCGACCCCGCCAGCGAUGAGGUGGUGCUGAUGAAAAUCCUCCAGGUUUUGAGGACUUUGCUGCUCACUCCAGUAGGAGCCCAUCUGACUAAUGAAUCGGUUUGUGAAAUCAUGCAGUCCUGUUUCCGUAUCUGCUUUGAAAUGAGAUUAAGCGAGCUGCUGAGAAAAUCAGCCGAACACACGCUGGUGGACAUGGUGCAGCUGCUGUUCUCCAGAUUGCCACAAUUCAAAGAAGAGUCCAAGAGUUAUCUGGGCACUAACAUGAAGAAGUUAAAGAUGAGAGCCGGGGGUUUGAGCGAGUCAUCCAAGUGGAAGAAACAGAAGCGAUCACCCCGACCUCCUCGUCACAUGGUGCGCAGCCCCUCGGGCCAGAUGGAUCCAGCCCAGUCCAGUACACUCACCAACAACAUCUCCGGUGGAGUCCCAUUCAUAGAACAGCAAACUGGAGGAUCCUCUUCUCUUCCUGGUUCAGAUAGUGCUUCCUCUAUCUCUAGCCCAACCACUGAUAGCGGUCUGGACGCUGGAUCAAAAACCACCUCUAAGGAGGAUCUUACAGACCUGGAACUGAGCAGCUCAACAGCCAGCACACCCGUGACACCCUCAGAACUGGGCCGACUGGAAGCACAGUCUGACGGCAGGGGAGUGGAACGUGCCCAGUCAGCAUCAGUAGAGUCCAUCCCUGAGGUCCUGGAAGACAGAGACCUGCUGGCAGAUCAGUCAGAUUCGGCAUCCGUUCAUGAUAUGGAUUAUGUAAACCCCAGAGGAGUGCGCUUCAUGCCGUCUACCCAAAGAGAGGGUGCCGCUCUAAUCCCCUAUGGACUCCCAUGUCUGAGAGAGCUCUUCCGGUUCCUCAUAUCUCUUACUAACCCGCACGACCGACAUAACUCGGAUGUGAUGAUGCACAUGGGUCUGCAGCUGUUGAACGUGGCGUUAGAAGCUGCUCACAUCGCCCCUUACCAGUCACUCCUCUGUCUGGUCAAAGAUGAGCUGUGUAGGCACCUUACACAGUUAUUAAGCAUGGACAGAAUAAAUCUCUACGCCGCCUCCAUACGUGUUUGCUUUCUUCUCUUUGAAAGCAUGCGGGAACAUCUGAAGUUUCAGCUUGAGAUGUACCUGAAGAGGCUGAUGGAUAUUAUUACCUCAGAAAACCCUAAAAUGCCCUAUGAAUUGAAGGAGAUGGCCCUGGAGGCUGUCGUACAGCUCUGGAGAAUCCCCAGCUUUGUCACCGAGCUGUAUAUAAAUUAUGACAGUGAUUUCUACUGCUCCAACCUGUUUGAAGACCUUACCAAACUUCUCUCUAAGAAUGCCUUCCCAGUGUCUGGGCAGCUCUAUACAACCCAUCUCCUGUCACUCGAAGCCCUGUUGACUGUGAUUGACAGCACAGAAGCUCACUGUCAGGCCAAAGUGCUCAACAGCGCUGCACAGCAGGACCAAUCGGAGGCCACUACAGAGGCAGACGGUUUGGUCAACAGACUCACAGAUUCAACCACAGAGGCUGGCAAGUCUCGUCCAACUUCUAAUGGUCAGAAUGAUGUGGUGUCGGAAGGGAAGUCUAUCUGUCCUCCAACCAGUGGUCAUCUGAUGGCAGAGAAGAUGAGAUUAGGUAGACAAGAUCAGGAAGAAACCGAUUCAGCAGAGAAGAAAGUCCCUAAAAAGCCUCAGCGUUUCUCCAACUGUCUGCCGGUUUCUCAGGAACUUUUAGAGAUCAAGAACAAGAAGAAGCUUCUCAUCACGGGUACAGAGCAGUUCAACCUGUCGCCAAAGAAAGGCAUUCAGUUCCUGCAGGAGAAAGGUUUGCUCAGCAGCCCGAUGGACAAUAAUGAAGUGGCCCAGUGGCUGAGAGAGAAUCCCCGCCUUGACAAGAAGAUGAUCGGAGAGUUCAUAAGCGACCGCCGAAACACAGACCUGCUGGACAGCUUUGUCAAUACGUUCACCUUCCAAGGCCUGCGUAUAGAUGAAGCUCUCCGCUUGUAUCUGGAGGCAUUCCGUCUUCCUGGCGAAGCGCCUGUCAUUCAUCGCCUCUUGGAAACCUUCACCGACAACUGGCAAAAAGUGAACGGUAAUCCCUUCAAGAUCAACGACGCCGGCUUCGCUCUGUCUUACGCCGUCAUCAUGCUGAACACCGACCAGCACAACCAUAACGUACGAAAGCAGAACAUCCCCAUGACGGUGGAGCAAUUCAAGAAGAAUCUGAAAGGUGUGAACGGAGGGAUUGACUUUGAUCAAGACAUGCUGGAAGACAUCUACAACGCUAUCAAGAAUGAGGAGAUCGUGAUGCCGGAUGAGCAGUCAGGGCUGGUGAAGGAGAACUACGUGUGGAGCGUUUUGCUGCAUAGAGGAGCUACGCCGGAAGGGCUGUUCCUUCACGUGCCUGACAGCAGUUACGAUCGCGACCUCUUCAGCAUGACCUGGGGACCCACUAUUGCCGCCCUCUCCUACGUUUUUGAUAAGAGUCUGGAUGAUGCCAUUAUUCAGAAAGCCAUUGCUGGGUUCAGGAAAUGUGCCAUGAUCUCUGCACACUACGGUUUCAGCGACGUUUUCGACAACUUAAUCAUUUCUCUCUGCAAGUUUACUACUCUCAGCUCUGAGUCUGCAGAGAACCUGCCCACCGUGUUUGGCAGUAACAGGAAGGCUCAAAUCGCUGCCAAGACUGUGUUCAGCCUGGCCCAUCGUCACGGUGACAUCUUACGAGAGGGAUGGAAGAACAUCAUGGAUUCUAUGUUGCAGCUUUUCAGGGCUGAGCUCUUACCAAAGUCCAUGGUUGAGGUUGAGGACUUCGUGGACCCAAAUGAGAAGAUUUCUUUACAGCGUGAAGAGACGCCAUCAAACAGGGGUGAAUCGGCUGUAUUGAGUUUUGUGAGCUGGUUAACAUUGAGCGAGCAGUCCGGACCAAGAGGACCAUCCACUGAGAACCAGGAGGCCAAACAAGCCGCACUGCUCUGCAUAAAGCAAUGUGACCCGGAGAAGCUGAUCACAGAAAGCAAGUUCCUGCAGCUGGAAUCUUUACAGGAACUCAUGAAGGCUCUUAUCUCUGUGACCCCCGAUGAGGAAACAUACGAUGAAGAAGAUGCUGCUUUCUGUCUGGAGAUGCUGCUGCGUAUUGUUCUUGAAAACAGGGACAGAGUAUCGUGUGUAUGGCAGACGGUACGAGAUCACUUAUAUCAACUGUGUGUUCACGCUAAUGAGAGCUGUUUCCUGGUGGAGAGAGCCGUGGUUGGCUUGCUCAGACUCGCCAUACGUUUACUGCGCAGAGAGGACAUCGGCUCACAGGUUCUCCUCUCCCUUCAACUGCUGUUGAUGAUGAAGCCUCACGUUCUGUCCAGAGUCUUUAGAGAUGUGGCCUUCGGCUUGCACGAGCUUCUCAAAACCAACGCAGCCAACAUCCAUUGCACCGAUGACUGGUACACGCUGUUUUCCCUUCUGGAAUGCAUCGGGGCCGUCAAACCCCCGGCUGCCCUGCAGGUCGCUAACACCAGCCCAGACAACGACACAGGUGCUCAGUCCGACAGUGAACUAAGUUCAUAUCAUCAUACAGAAGUAAUGCUUGACCGAGGCUACACGUCUGACUCGGAGGUUUACACCGAGCAAGGAAAGUCCAGAAUGCCCCGUUCAUCCACUGAUGUCGACAUAGGCUGGCUUGUGGUGGGCAAAGAUGACCUAGAAGGCAGUAAAGCUCCAGUAGCCCCUGCCCCGAAGCCCCUGCCCAAUCCUCUCGUAAACCAAUACAGUUUAACCCUAGGACAGGACAUGGGUCUGCAUGACACAAAGUCCCUCAUCAAGUGCGUGGAUUCGCUUUCCUUCAUUGUGCGCGAUGCCGCCCACGUCACUCCGGAAAACUUUGAGCUUUGCGUUAGAGCCAUACGAGUUUUCGUAGAGGCGAGCCUUAAUGGAGGAUACCGCACCCACGAGAAGAAAAAGUUUCACAAAUAUGACUCCAAAUCCAGCCGGCUCCGAAAGAAGCCGAGGGAGAAGGAAAGCGCGUCGCGGCGAGCCAAAGCGUCCAGUCAGCGGCCCGCCCGUUCCCAUAGCGACGAUGAGGAAGACGAGGGCGUGCCGGCCAGUUACCACACGGUGUCUUUUCAGUUGUUAGACCUGAUGCAUACUCUGCACACGCGAGCCGCCGGCAUCUACAGCUCUUGGGCAGAGGAACAGCGCCAUCUAGAGGGAGGUGGCAGAAAGAUCGAGGCCGACUCUCAGACAUUAUGGUCCAGCUGCUGGUGUCCUCUGCUGCAAGGUAUGGCUUGGUUGUGCUGUGACGCUAGGAGACAAGUGCGCAUGCAAGCUCUCACCUACCUGCAGAGGGCGCUGCUGGUUCACGACCUGCAAACUUUGGAUGCUGUGGAGUGGGAAUCCUGUUUCAACAAGGUCCUGUUUCCUCUGCUCACCAAACUACUUGACAACAUCAGUCCAGCCGAUGUGGGAGGUAUGGAGGAGACAAGGAUGAGGGCGUGCACGCUGCUUUCUAAGGUUUUCCUACAGCACCUUUCUCCUCUGCUCUCUCUGCCCACAUUCGCUGCUCUCUGGCUCACCAUUUUGGACUUCAUGGACAAGUACAUGCACGCUGGUUCCAGUGACCUGCUGCUCGAAGCGAUCCCGGAGUCUCUCAAGAACAUGCUUUUGGUGAUGGACACAGCAGGGAUCUUUCACUGUGCAGACUCUCGUACGGGCUACUCGGACCUUUGGGAAAUCACCUGGGAGAGAAUUGACUGUUUCUUGCCCCGUCUCAAGGAGGAGCUCUUCAAACAGGCCGUCAUUCCAGAACCUGUCUGCAAUAUUCCUAUGGAGCCGGUCCCACCCCAAGUGGCUGUUACCCCAGGCUCUCCUUCCGUGCCAGUGCCCUCACCAGUGCCAGCGGCCCCUGCAGAGCCAAACAUCCCCUGCAGAUCUGCAUCACCUCAGGAUGUCCCCACACCUAGUGCCAACGGAACAGACCGAUCAUCUCCGGCUCCUCCCUCGACACCUAUAGCCACUUCUCCAAAGAGGAGUCAUGCAGAAGCCCCGCACCCUCUCUCUCAGUCUCCUCUCAUCCUGCAGCCCUUCGCCUCUUCACUGCAAGUGGGCGUGCCCCCCAUGUCCCUGCCCAUCAUUCUGAACCCUGCUCUCAUAGAGGCCACCUCACCUGUGCCCCUGCUGCCCAGGUCCACGACCGACUGAGCUCGCUGGGAUCGGAGCGACGUUUGCUGAAUUAAUACAGUGGAGAGACACCAUCUUACGCCACUGUUCUCCUGCCUGCACACAUUCUCCCUCACACAAUUACAUUAUGUAAGAGCAGGAUAAGAAACUGUGAGACGGAGCACAUUGACUUGCAUGGUUGUCCCUUCUCGUCUCAAACAUCAAAGCAACAGCUAGAGCGUUUGGAGUUGGACGUCCUUCACUUAGCCGCGCAACAUAAAUAACAAUAUUUAUUCAAAGCAAGAAGGUGCCACUGAAAUAUGAAGGGCGGUUUUAUUAUUGAUGGGACUUGAUUUAUUUCAGGCAGGCUUUUGGAAGGCUAACAGUACCUGUCUGCGCAGAUUUUAAUUUCUUUCUCCUGAGAUUUACUCCCAGAGAAUGUCUAAUGGGUACUGGAUGCUAAACCAGAGUCUGUAAAGAAUGCUUCAUCUUCACUGCUUUUAUCACAGUUCAGACUAAAUUAAACUGUACAGUACGAAAAGAAACCUAAUUUAUUUUGAACAAUUCAUGUUGCUUUGGCUUUCAAAAUUGUUUUGUCUUUUCGCAGUACAUCGGGCCAAAGAAAACCGUAGCAGCCACUUGAUUUCCCCAAUAAUGAACCGUGUAUGACUAACAUUUGUGCGUUAAAGGAACAGUUCACCCAAAAAUAAACAAUAUGUCUUUAUUAACUCGCCCUUGAAUUUGUAUAAAUAUUCUGAUGAACAGAGAGAAAGAUAUUUGGAAGAAUGAGCCUAACAGCUCAUAGCAACUAUUGACUACCAUAGUAGGAAAAAAUGCUUUUUCAAUUUCUUAAGUUAAACACAAAAGAAGAUAUUUUGAAGAAUGUAGGAAAGCAAAUUUCAUGGGCACUUUUGCCUACAAUUUGUCAUUUUUCCUACUAUGGUAGUAAAUGGGGUCCAAGAACUGUUUAGUUACAAGCAUUUUCCCCAAUAUCUUUCUCUGUGUUCGUCUGAACAAAGACAUUUAUACAGAUUUGGAACAACUCCAGGGUGAGUAAAUGAUGACAUAAUGUUUAUUUUUGGGUGAACUGUCUCAUUAAGUCUACAAACAGUCCUUUUGGUUGAAAACACUAUAAUUGUAGCCAGUGCCCGACAUCACUUGAGAUGCACUCAGUUUGUUUUGAUGUACCGGGCAAUUGUGCACCACUACAACAUUCCACUUGCAAUAGUGAUGUUUUCAACUAUUAAAAGAUCCAGCAGAUUUCUGAAUGUCAGGUUUUAUCUUCGUUUCGCUUUUUUUAUUCGCAGGUUGUCUUAAAGAGAGAUCAUUGUGCUUCUCAUGUUGUUUGCCGUAUGACUGUGAUGAUCUCUUUAACUCUAAAUUAAACGUAAAAUCCUGAUAUGAAAUAUUAUAGUUUUCAGGCCAAGACCAGCUUCACAUGAAAAAUCAAGUGCAUCUGAAAGUGAACAGUGUGUGACCUAAACCCCCUGUGGUGGUUUCUUUCAGGAAGUAAAUGUGUGUUUGAAAGCAUCAGUAACGAGAGUCUGACUAGAUUUUUAAGAAAUAUUACCGUAAUUUAAUGUAGAUCAUCACUGCCUUACAUUAGAGAAAGCAGAGGUAUACCGGUACCCAUACAAACCUGACAGGUGGAGGAGGACGGACUUUGUCUUUUCUUUGUACGUCCAAGUGCAGUUUUUCUUAGAUACAGCAGGAGCUAAUUCUGUAGUCUAACAGGUAAUACAAUGAAAAUAAUCUCACUGUAUAUAUCUAUAUAUGAAUAAAAGUUAAUGUACUUUUUACAAUGUAAUAAAUAUAUGGUAAAAUAUCAGAA